UUUUUUUUUAUCACAUGGCAGCACCGGACAUAUUCUACCCAUUUGGCUCAGCAGCAGGAGACUCGAUAAAUCCUGCUGUUGAGGAUGGAAGCUCCUCUCUUAUUACACUGUUGAGUCCAUUUCUGUUCUUUGGCCGCACAUACCAGCAGAUUUAUGUUAAUAAUAAUGGGCACCUCACAUUCAGUCAGGCUUCUUCUGAGUAUGUUCCCUACUUAUUUCCAGCUUAUAAAAGUAAAGAUAUAAUUGCUGGACUCUGGACUGACCUUGAUAACCGUGAGAGAGGAGUCGUCUCUUAUAAUCAAUACACUAAUGGAAGUGUUCUCACUCACGCCACUCAGGAUAUCAACAAUUAUUUCCCAAAUCUGACCUUCACUGCUUCCUGGGUCUUUGUUGCAACGUGGGAUAAAGUAGCCUACUAUGCUUUAACCAAUACAGUAAGUUUGAUAGACCUCUAAAGUUUCACUCACUUUAUCCAUGAUUAAAUAAUAAAUAAAAAAAACUUCUUAUGUUAAUUUUUCUUCAGGAAACAUUGUUUCAAGUGAUUUUAAUUUCAGGCAGUAAUUAUUCAUUCACUCUGAUGAAUUAUGGUGACAUUGCUGCAACAGUAUUUCCAGUGGAGGUAAAAUGAACUUUCUGUUAUGAUAACAAAAUAUUUCUGUUGUCUACUGUAUAAACAUAUCUGUUUAUAUGAACAUUGUUUUGUGUUCUUAUAGGCUGGUUUUGAGACGAUGAACUCAACAAACUACUUUGUGAUUCCUGGAUCAGACAGUGGAAGCUCCAUCUCAAAUCUCAACACCUCCAGUAAUGUCAAUGUUCCAGGCCGAUGGGCCUUCAGGGUGGACAGUGAACUGGAAACAA